AUGAUCAUUUUUAAUAAGAAACGAGACCUGUCACAUACUGCGUAUGCCUUAAAUGCAGCAAUUCUUGAAAGAGCUGACAUAUCACAUGAUACCGAUGAAACCGUGGUCGUAACAUCUCAAGCGAAACCGUUAGUUCAGACAAGCUGUCUUCUUGCUUCCCAGUAUCUUUGGCUUUCCGGCUGGACAUCGAAUCAGGUGGGUCUUCUCCGGCUAGACACCGAAUCAGGUGGGUCUUCUCCAUUUCCUCCUUUGAACACCGAAUCAGGUGGGUCUUCUCCAUUUCCUCCUGUAUGCGAAUCAGAUGGGUCUUCUCCAUUUCCUCCUGUAGGUUUCACAUCAGGUGGGUCUUCUCCAUUUCCUCCUGUAGGUUACAGAUCAGAUGGGUCUUCUCCAUUUCCUCAUGUAGGUUACAUAUGGUGGGUCUUCUCCGUUUCCUCCUGUAGGUCACAUAGACAGGUGGGACUUCUCCAUUUCCUCCUGUAG